AUAGUAGACAUAUAAAUUUGGCAGACAAAAGAAAAAUAUUUAGAAGUGCACUACAAACAGUUGGAGCAGCAGGUGGAACGGCCAAAAAUUCGGUUGACAAUGAAAUUUUGCAUUUUUAUAACGUUUCUUAUUCUACAAAUUGCCUAUGGAGGAUAUCCAUCCAACUUUCCCAAAUGCAAACACGGCGAUGAGCCCUGCUUCAUAAAAGGCGCAGCUGAUAUUCUAAAGAAUCACAUCAGUGGUGUUGCAGAUGUCAAUUUGCUGCCAAUCGAUCCAUUUUCCCUGAAAACGUUAAAUGUGGCCAGAAAUCCCGCAAGUCCUGUGAAUGUGGAUAUCAAACUGAAGGAUGUAAUUGUAGAAGGUUUCAAGGACAUCAAAUUAGAAAAGUUCCAGGGCUUAAAGGAAGAUUUAAGUGGUCGCAAUGUUAUAGCGGGCUCCCUGGACUCCUUAACAAUCAAGGGCAAAUAUAUGCUUGAUGGCAAUGUACUGGUGUUGCCGAUUAAGGGCGAUGGAAAUUCUGAAAUUAAAUGCAAAAAUAUAAAAUUCGACUUUUCAUGGGAUUUCAAAAAAGUCGAAAAGGAUGGAAAAAUCUACGCCGCCUUAGAGCAUGUCAAGUUGCAAUUUGAACCCGACAAUGUACACUUUUUCUUUGACCACUUAUUCGAUGGUGAUGCAGCAUUGCAGGCGUCAACAAAUGAUUUCUUAAAUGCCAAUUGGAGUGAGAUAUUCCAUGAAAUUCAGCCGGGUCUCAGCAAAGCUCUGGGUUUGGUUUUUAAGUCAUAUAUUGGUAAAUUCUUUGCACACCAACCUUAUGCUGAAUAUUUCCAAUGAAUUUAUGAAAAAUAAAUUUUAUAAAAAUA